AUGGGCAAGCUGUUUGACACAAUUGUUAUGCAACUGUUGACGACAGCAAAUAAGAAAACCAUUAAUGUUAAAUUACAAGCUGGCAUAGGUUUGUUUAGGGAAAUUAUCGCUACAACAAGAGUUAAUGAGGUGCAGAGUAACGAAGAAGACCAGAUUUUGAAGCCUCAACCACAGGAUGUGACAGUCAUGCUAAGGUUGUUCUCGAAAGAGAAACAUCUGAUCUUGAUAAGGACAGGGAUGAGAAAUAACCUGGGUGACAGAGGUGUUGGAGAAGAGCGGACCAGUGAAGGCAUUAGAUGGAUAAAGAAGAAAGCAAGGGAGAACCAUUCAGUACAAGAGGCAAGUCACUGUGUUCCAAUGACCAAGGACCCUGCCACUACUCACUAA